AUGCCAGCCAGCUGCACUACAAAAUCAUUCUGAGCUGCCACAUUGCCGGACUGCCUCUCUCCCGUCGUCUUCCUUGGACGUCUGUGUCGAUUCAGCCCCCACGAUGGCUGCGAGUAGCUUCCCUGUCGUCUCCGCUCGACUGCGCCGCCAACGCAAACCAUCAAUGUGGAACACCCAAACCGUUUGCAGGGUCCGGCAGGCGGCUCCACAUGGCUAAGCCGGCGGCGGACGGGGCGCGGGGUGCGAGUCCACGCUGAUCGCACAAAAUUUCCAUCCCACAUGUGCUUCGGCGCCCCUCUCUUGCGGCAACGCCCGCGCCCGCUGUCUUUUCCCACCUGCCGUUUAUUAUCUGGCCUUUCCGAGAAAAUCAGGGCAUUGCAAGCAUGGCCUCAAAUCCAUCAGCCGUUGGUGCGCAAGCACAGUCACCAGCAGCUCCUCACCAGCCUCCCUACUCUUACACCGAGUCCCAGGGCUACGAAAACAUCGAGUCCACUCCACGCAGCCUCUCCCACACGGCCGCAGAAAACGGCCGGCUCCCCACCAACCAGGACUACGGCGAUGACGACGAGUACCUAGACGACAUAUUCGAGGACGACGACGACGCCUGGGAGCCGAACUCGGCAGACCUGACCAAGACGUACAACCGCCAGCGCCAGCUCCAAGAUGGCGGCUCGUCAGCCUCAGUGCUGCCCCGGGCGAACGCGCAGAAGCCGGCCGCCAACACCUUCGCCAGCGUCGACGACCAGAUCUCGACCCUGUCCAGGCAUGCCGCCAAGAUCCGCCUCGACGACGUCAAGCAGGACCAGACGCGCGAGAAGGACAAGUCGGACCGGGCGACGAGCGAGCUGGUCCUGGACCAGCGCACGCGCAUGAUACUGCUCCAGCUCAUCAACCAGGGCGUCGUGGCCGAGGUGCACGGCGCCAUCAGCACGGGCAAGGAGGCCAACGUCUACGGCGCCGUCGCCUACCCCGACGCGGACGGCAACGGCGGCGCGGCGGUCCAGCGCGCCGUCAAAAUCUACAAGACGGCCAUCCUGGUCUUCAAGGACCGCGAGAAGUACAUCGCGGGCGAGCACCGGUUCCGCUCGGGCGCCGAGAAGGGCAACAACCGCAAGAUGGUCAAGCUCUGGGCCGAAAAGGAAUUCCGGAACCUGCGCCGCCUCCACGCCGCUGGCAUCCCCUGCCCGGAGCCCGUCAAGCUCAAGCUGCACGUGCUCGUCAUGGCCUUCCUGGGCGACCGCAAGGGCUGGGCCUACCCGCGCCUGCGCGACGCCCGCAUAGAGGAGCAGCACCCGGACGACGCCGACCGCCGCUGGCGCGGCCUGUACCUGCAGCUGCUCGGCCUCAUGCGCCGCAUGUACCAGGUCUGCCGCCUCGUGCACGCCGACCUGAGCGAGUACAACAUCCUGUACCACGACGGCCGCCUCUACAUCAUCGACGUGUCGCAGAGCGUCGAACACGACCACCCGCGCUCGCUCGAGUUCCUGCGCAUGGACAUCAAGAACGUCGGCGACUUCUUCUGCCGCCAGGGGGUCGACGUCCUCGCCGACCGCGCCGUCUUCAACUUCAUCACGGCCCCGGAAGGGCCCGUCGACGAGGGCGCCGAGCUGACGGCCGCGCUCGAGCACCUCUACGAGGUCCGCCCGCCCGCCGCGGACACGGACCAGGCCCUGGCCGAGCUCGAGGUCGACAACGAGGUGUUCCGGAACCAGUACAUCCCGCAGACGCUGGAGCAAGUCUACGACAUCGAGAAGGACGCGCAAAAGGUCGGCCGCGGCGAGGGCGCCGACCUCGUCUACAGCAACCUGCUGGCUGACAAGGUCAUCCGGAGGAAGGAGGGCGACGCCGAGGAGGACGGCGAAGAUGACGAGGCCGCAACGUCGGGCUCCGACGACGGCUCCUCUGCCGGCAGCGGCGAUGACGAAGACGAGAGCAGGUUCGACAAGGGCCGGCCCAGGGGCAAGAAGUUCGAGGACAAGGACGAGAAGAAGGACCACAAACAAGCCGUCAAGGACGCCAAGCGGGAAAAGCGCAAGGACAAGAUGCCCAAGCACCUGAAAAAGAAACUUGUCUCCAGCGGCUCCAGAAAGAAGAAAUGAGUACGGACUUUUGCUAGUCCUGAGUUGCACGGAGAGAUACCCGGCUAGAGCCGCGUCCAGUCCACCGUAGCCCUGGCGUCCGGUGGCCACAUCCUGUCAUAUAUAUCUAGCUAGUUGGGCCGCGGCGGCUCGCCGGCUGGUGCAGGGCCGAGUGAUGAAGCUUUACAAGGGCAACGGGUUAAACAAGGAUUGAGCCGUACAUGGCGGCAUUGGCUGAUGUGUUUCUGGUAGUACUGGCACCACUCAAGGUGCUAUUUCUACAAGUAACCACGGCCGAGUUCCUGCCCGUCUGUCCCUGAUCCAGGCAUGCUUACAUGCUUUGGGUGAUGAUAAAAGAGAGCUCUGACGGCCAGACUAGCAACAUCCGAGGUUCAAUAAAACCUGCCCCUCGUAUAGUCGAGAGAUGUCAAAGGGAAUGUGUCCGUCCGCCAUGCUACUGUGGUUUAGGAUGAAAGAAACCACCCUCUUCCACGCAGAGGUACCCGAACAGGCCUACCUUACCGGAUACAGGAUAUAGCUAGAUUAACGAGGGCUCUUGACGU